UGAGCGUCAGUAGAGGGCGGCAGCAACCUUGCGGCUGAGAAAACGGUGACGUGGUCAGUCAAGAUGGCGUCGGACGACCGGUCGCUGCGUGUUUGGGUGACGGAGCAGUUGCAUGCUCUGGUAGGGUAUGCGGAGAGCGGAUUGGUUAGUUAUAUGAUUGCCUUGGCGAAGAAGGCCUCAGAUCGAGCGCGUUUCGAAGCCACACUCAUUGAAGAGGGACUACCCUCCGGACCGGAGACGACGGCUUUCGCUUCCAAGCUCUUUGAUAUGGUGCCACGUUCAGCGUCGGCUAUGGGGAACCGCUACCGCAUCGAAGAGAAGGUGGCGGCGGCUUUUGCGAGAAAGCAGCGGCAUUACGGUCUGCUGAAGGAUGAUGAUGAUGAUGAUGAUGAUGAUGAUGAAGAGGGGGGAGAAGAGAAGCCGAACGGCGAUGGUCGGAGGGGAGAAGUCAUUGUCGUCGGGGACGUCGAUCAUCGCUAUGGAGAGAAGGUGGAUGGUCGUUCUUCAUCUCUCUCUCAGUUCUCGCGCUCUGGUACUUACGAGACACGUGGUUCGGAAGAUCUCCCAUCUACUGCGCCCAGUUCAGCGGCGGGUAAUGAAGUUGAAGAAAACGGAGGUGAAAGGAGCAAAAGACUGCGUAGAGGAGUAAUGGAAGAAGAAGAGGAGGAGGAGGAGAAGGUAGAGAGAGGGAGGGGGGAUUCCAAGCUGCGACGGCGGCGCCGCCGCCAUCGCCGCCCGGGCAGUCCCGACUCAUCCUCACCUGCAGGCAGGGGGGAGGACGAGGAGGAUAAAGAGGAGGAGGAACACGAGGAGAGCUUCUUGCUGUGGCAGGCUGAGAAUCGCAAGAGGAGACGUAGAAAGCACGGCGAUCGGGAUGGCAAAGAGGAAGAAGAUGCAGAUGCCGACGAUGAAGAAAGAGAGGAGAGGGAGAGGGAUCGACGGGAGAAGGAGCAAUUCGAGGAGAGGCUUCGCGCGCGCGACGAGCAAGCGACGCGCAAACUGGCAGGUCAUCACGGAUCGAGGUCGACGAAGGCUGGCUAUGGCGGCGGCGGCGGCGGCGACGGCUUCACACGUGAUGGAGACGAGGAAGACGAAGCGGAAAAGGAUAGUGGAGGGGAUGGAUAUGGCGAUGAUGAUGAUGUCCCUGCCGCGGAGGGGAAGAAGUUGAAGUCGCUGAAAGCAGGUGGCGGCAAGGCUUCGCAAGAUGAGAAGUCAGCGAUGAUGCCAUUGCUGAGAGAGAUGUCGAGGCAAGAGUACUUAAAGAUGAGAGAGACGAAGAAGCUGGAAGAGCUUCGAGAUGCACUAGAGGACGAGGAAUUCCUAUUCGAGGGGGUGAAAUUGACGGCUAGGGAGGAAGCGGAGCUAAGGUACAAGAGGAAGGUGUAUGAGUUAGCUGCCCAGAGAGCGGAGAAGGAGGUGGAGAAGGUGAGGGAGUAUAGGAUUCCAGAUGCGUAUGACAACGAGGGAAAGGUUGACCAGGAAGGUAGGUUUGCGGCGUUGAUGAGGAGAUACAAAGACCCGGAGGAAGAAGAAGAAGAGGAUGGAGGAGGAGAGAAGGGAGGGAGAGGAAAGAAGGGGGGUGCUGGGGGAGCGGGGGGCCGAAAGUCUCGGCGAUCGGAGCAGGAGGCGUGGGAAGAGCAUCAGAUUGCCAAGGCGACGAUGAAAUUCGGCGCGGCAGACAAGAAGGACAGCGCGGGAAAGAGCAACGAGGAGGAGUACGAUUACGUCUUCGACGACCAGAUCGAGUUCAUCAAGGAAUCGAUUAUGGCGGGGAGCGAUGGGAGGGAGGAGGGUGGGGAGGAGGGGGAGGGGGAGGAGGAGCGGGAGAGAUCUAUGCGGCUUUCGGCGGCAGAGAAGCUGCAAGAAGACCGCAAGUCCCUUCCUAUCUACGGCUUCAAGGACGAGCUGAUCCAGGCCGUCGAAGACCAUCAAGUGCUGGUGAUCGUGGGGGAAACGGGGUCCGGCAAGACGACACAAAUCCCUCAAUACCUCCAUGAAGCGGGGUAUACGAAGAGGGGAAAGGUAGGGUGCACGCAACCGAGGAGAGUGGCAGCUAUGAGUGUGGCGGCGCGCGUGGCGCAAGAAAUGGGGGUAAGAUUGGGCAAUGAGGUGGGCUAUUCCGUUCGAUUCGAAGAUUGCACGUCCGAUCGGACGGUUCUCAAGUACAUGACUGAUGGGAUGCUGCUUAGGGAGUUCCUAGGGGAGCCUGACUUAGCGAGUUACUCCGUGAUGAUGGUGGACGAAGCGCAUGAGAGGACUCUGCACACGGACGUGUUGUUCGGACUAGUGAAGGACAUUGCCAGAUUUCGACCGGACAUCAAGUUGUUGAUCUCUAGCGCCACGCUCGACGCGGAAAAGUUCUCGGGGUACUUUGAUAACGCGCCCAUCUUCCGCAUUCCUGGUCGUCGGUAUCCCGUCGACAUCCUCUACACGAAGGCGCCUGAGGCCGAUUACGUGGACGCGGCGAUCGUGACGGUGCUCCAGAUACAUGUCACGCAGCCUGACGGCGACGUGUUGGUCUUCUUCACUGGGCAAGAGGAGAUCGAGGCGGCUGAAGAGUCGUUGAAACAUCGCACGCGGGGAUUGGGAUCCCGAGUGCGGGAGCUGAUCAUCUGUCCGAUCUUCGCCAACCUGCCGUCGGAUCUGCAAGCCAAGAUCUUCGAGCCCACGCCGCCCGGCGCGCGCAAAGUCGUGCUUGCCACGAAUAUCGCCGAGACGUCGUUGACCAUCGACGGCAUCAAGUAUGUGAUCGAUCCUGGGUUCUGUAAGCAGAAGAGUUAUAAUCCGAGGUCGGGGAUGGAGUCGUUGGUGGUGACGCCGAUCUCCAAGGCGUCCGCGAUGCAGCGCGCGGGCCGCGCGGGGAGAACCUCCCCCGGCAAGUGCUUCCGCCUGUAUACCGCCUGGUCGUUUCAGAACGAGAUGGAGGACAACACCGUGCCGGAGAUCCAGCGGACUAACCUUGGCAACGUGGUCCUCUUGCUCAAGAGCUUGGGAAUCAAUGACCUAAUCAAUUUCGACUUCAUGGAUCCCCCGCCGUCGGAAACCCUAAUCCGCGCACUGGAGCAGUUAUACGCGCUGGGCGCGCUGAAUUCGCGCGGGGAACUGACGAAACUCGGGCGGAGGAUGGCGGAAUUCCCGCUCGAUCCCAUGCUCGCCAAGAUGCUGAUCGCAUCCGACGGCUUCAAUUGCUCCGAAGAGAUCCUCUCCGUCGCCGCAAUGCUGUCCAUCGGGAACUCGAUCUUCUACCGACCGAAGGACAAACAGGUGCACGCGGACAACGCGCGGCAGAACUUCCACGCGGGCAAUGUGGGGGACCACAUUGCGCUGCUCAGGGUGUACAACGGAUGGAGGGACACCAACUUCUCCUCUCAAUGGUGCUACGAGAACUACAUCCAAGUGAGGUCGAUGAAACGAGCGCGAGACAUUCGCGAACAGUUGGAAGGGCUGAUGGAGAGGGUGGAGAUCGAAAUCACCAGCAGCUUGAAUGACGUCGAGGCCAUCAUCAAGGCAAUCACGUCCGGGUACUUCUAUCACACGGCCAAGCUGCAGAAGAGCGGGGUCUAUCGAACGGUCAAGAACCCUCAGACUGUGCAUAUCCAUCCGAGUUCGGGGCUGGCGAAGUCGCUGCCGAGGUGGGUGGUCUAUCACGAAUUAGUGUUGACGUCAAAGGAAUACAUGCGGCAAGUGGUGGAGAUCAAACCGGAGUGGUUGGUGGCCAUCGCUCCGCAUUACUACAAGAUGAAGGACGUGCAGGAUGCUGCCAGUGCGAAAAUGCCCAAGGUGGUGGGGAAGUCGGCCAUCGUCAGCGCAAAUGGAGGAGCGGGAGGAGGACUUGCAGCAGCCGCUGUCGGGGUCUUCGAUUGAUUGGUUGAGUGAUUGGUUGGUUGAUUGAUUGGUUCAUUGAUUGGUGUGUCGAAGAAGAUGGAGUAAUUUAUAGCAAUGUGAACGU